GAAUUAUUGAAAGUAGCUUAUGAUAAAUAGAAUAAUUAGGGUUAAGUAAAGAAUAUGAAUAUUAAUAUUAAUAUGAGUGUGAAAAUAAAAAUAAAAAUGAAAAUGAAAUGAAAACGAGAUGAAAAUGAGAUGAAAAUGAGAUGAAAAUGAGAUGAAGAUGUAAAUAAAACAAUAUGGAGUCGACUUUGAAUUUGAGAAUGAAUGGGAGUGUAAUUAAACUUGGAAGAUAUUAUUUAAGAAAGCAAAGUAUAAUAAAUAUUAAAUAACUAAAGAUGCUGAAUCCUUCUAUGGGUGGAUUGAUUGAGUCAAAGGAGGUCCACAAGAUAAAAGCUGGAAGAAAAAAAUGAGAGGUGAUAAGUUGAGGAUAGAGCUUGUGAUUGUUGUGAUUGUUGUGAUUAUUGUGAUUAUGGAUCUGAUUGUAAUAUAUUCUUUUGGAGAUUCUAUUGAUGGUUUUGGUUAUGGAGUUUGGAAUCUGGUUAAGUGAAAUGAGAGUUCUAAGUUUGGAGGAAGCAGAGUUAAACAUAAAACUCAGGUCAUUAUACUGUUUAAGCAAGACUCCAGAAUCGCCAGAGCUGGAUGAUUGGCUAUUAGUUGGUGAAGCAGGUUAUUGGUUAUUAGUUGUUGAUUGAGGUGGUUUGAAGUUAGUGAUUUGUUGAAGUUGGUUGUUGGUUGUUGGUUGGUUGAUACUUCACUCUACUAAUUGUUGGCGAUCGUCGCUUCAGUCUUUGCGAGCAAUUUCAGAUCAAAGCCUCUGUGUCUGCUGCUUCUUCUACUUCUGCUACUUCUGCUGUUUCUGCUGCUACUUCGGUUGUUUCUUCUGUUUCUUCUGCUUCUUCUUCUUCUUUGUCCUCUUCCUCUUUUGCCACUUCCUGUGCCUUCAGCCGAAACCCAAAACCCUCACGCAAACGCGUUCUUCACGCAACUUCCAGCAUCUAUACUUCUAUUACCCGGAAAGCACCGCAUCCACCACGUCCUGUUAACACGGUUCUUCUGCAGGGAGAUGCUGAAACCUUGAAGCGUUGGGCCAGACCCUCAGUUACUCAUCCACUCAAUCCCG